GGUCUGUUCUGCUGCUUCCCUAAGCUUCAUUAGCGCUGCAGACACUGUCACCAAGUAACUCUUUCUGUUCCAUUCCGUGGGCAGGGCAGAGCAGAGCAGCUGGCAGGAUGUAUGGGUUUGUCAACCAUGCCUUAGAAUUGUUGGUGAUAAGAAACUAUGGCGAAGAAGUGUGGGAAGACAUCAAAAGAGAAGCACAGCUCGAUGAAGAAGGUCAAUUUUUGGUGAGGAUAAUUUAUGAUGACUCUAAAACCUAUGACCUUGUAUCGGCAGCAAGCAAAGUGCUCAAUCUCAAUGCUGGGGAUAUUCUCCAAAUGUUUGGAAAUAUGUUUUUCGUUUUUUGCCAAGAAUCUGGCUAUGACACAAUCCUGCGUGUCCUUGGAUCCAAUGUCAGAGAAUUUUUGCAGAACUUAGAUGCUCUGCAUGAUCAUCUUGGUACCAUUUAUCCAGGUAUGCGUGCUCCAUCAUUUAGGUGCACUGAUGCAGAGAAAGGAAAAGGCCUUAUUUUGCAUUACUACUCAGAAAGAGAAGGACUGCAGGACAUUGUAAUUGGCAUUAUUAAAACAGUGGCACAGCAGAUCCAUGGAACUGAAAUAGUUAUGAAGGUUGUUCAGCAAAGAAAUGAAGAAUGUGACCACACUCAAUUCUUGAUAGAAGAAAAGGACUCUAAGGAGGAGGACUUAUAUGAGGAUCUGGACAGGUUUGAAGAAAAUGGGACCCAGGAAUCACGCAUUAGCCCCUACACAUUCUGCAAGGCUUUUCCAUUCCAUAUAAUGUUUGACAGAGACCUUGUUGUUACACAGUGUGGAAAUGCCAUCUACAGGGUUUUGCCACAGCUGCAGCCUGGAAAUUGUAACCUGCUUUCUGUGUUCACUUUGGUGCGACCACAUAUUGACAUUAGCUUUCAUGGUAUCCUGUCUCACAUCAACACUGUGUUUGUCCUGCGGAGUAAGGAAGGCUUACUUGAUGUGGAAAAGUCAGAGACAGAAGAUGAACUGACUGUCAAUGAAAUUAGUUGUCUUCGGCUGAAAGGACAGAUGAUCUACUUGCCUGAAGCCGACAACAUUCUCUUCCUCUGCUCUCCAAGUGUAAUGAACUUGGAUGACUUGACCAGAAGAGGUCUAUAUCUCAGUGACAUCCCUCUCCAUGAUGCCACCCGUGACCUGGUACUGCUUGGGGAGCAGUUCAGGGAGGAAUAUAAACUGACUCAAGAACUUGAAAUUUUGACUGAUCGGCUGCAGCACACCUUAAGAGCUUUAGAAGAUGAGAAGAAAAAGACUGAUACAUUGCUGUACUCUGUUCUUCCCCCAUCUGUCGCUAAUGAACUCAGACAUAAAAGGCCAGUUCCAGCCAAAAGAUAUGACAACGUCACAAUCCUUUUCAGUGGCAUUGUGGGAUUCAAUGCAUUCUGCAGCAAACAUGCUUCUGGUGAAGGAGCCAUGAAGAUUGUGAAUCUCUUGAACGACGUUUACACCAGAUUUGACAUCUUGACAGACUCACGAAAAAAUCCUUUUGUCUAUAAGGUGGAAACAGUUGGAGACAAAUACAUGACUGUCAGUGGUCUUCCAGAGCCUUGUGUUCAUCAUGCACAUUCUAUCUGCCAUCUUGCCUUGGAUAUGAUGGAGAUUGCUGGACAGGUUCAGGUGGAUGGAGAAUCUGUACAGAUUACAAUUGGUAUACACACUGGAGAGGUGGUGACAGGGGUUAUCGGUCAGAGAAUGCCACGCUACUGCCUGUUUGGAAAUACUGUUAAUUUGACCAGCAGAACAGAGACAACAGGGGAAAAAGGAAAGAUCAAUGUUUCCGAAUACACAUACCGGUGUCUUAUGAGUCCAGAAAAUGCUGAUCCUCAAUUCAACUUACAAUACAGAGGUCCAAUUAGCAUGAAGGGCAAAACAGACCCAAUGCAAGUCUGGUUUUUAUCCAGGAAGACAACAGAUGUAGAGGAAUAAAUAUUCCGAUUUUGGAGAAGUUAAGAGUCCAGGAAAACGACGAAGUAUUGUACACAGAGGACAACUGUUCUGACUGACCACAUUUUUGUUUCAGCUAUACCAACCCACCUGGGAGCUGAACUUGAUUAUUUUUGUUAUAUAUACAGAUUUGUAAAUGUGUUUACUGUGAAUAUUUUGUUAAUGUUUGAUGUUCUUUGCCCUGGAGGCAACAUAUUAUUUGUAUGCUCAGUAAUUAUGAAGCCUGUAAAAAAUGUGUAUAAUGUUUCACUAAGCAAUGUUUAAGUACCAUUAACUAAUAAUUAGCAGUCUCUAUUUAUUAUAAUCAUAAGUAAACAUACAGUAUAUGAUAUGUUUUAUGGUUGAAGUAAAAUCUCAACUAAACUGUUAGUUUAUUUAGCUAAAUGCAUUCUAGGUGCAUCAUAAAUAAAUGCUGUCUUAAGUAUUACAGUUCACCUUUAUUGAAAGCAGCCAUGACCUGUCCCCUUCCAGCAUGUUGUAGAGAAGGAACCUUGCUCUCUGUGUGGAAGCAAUGGUGUCUCUGCAGAGGUCUGACAUGUCCCCCUGCAGAGUCAAAGCUAGAGCUCUCCAAUCAGCAAGGAGCAUGAGCUUUUCGGAUUGCAGAACUAUAGGUCUGAAACAGCAGUGGUUGGGUUGGACCUCUACAGAGAGACCAAUGCUUCGAGGCAGAAAGCAAGCAUCUUUCUCUGCAGAAUGCAAGUUGUGUGGUUGCUCUCCAAAGAAAAUAAAGUGUAAGGCCUCGUACACACGACCGAGGAAC